AUGUCUUCUUUCUGUGAUAACCAAACAAUUACAGACAUUUCAGAGAAUUUAACUAAUGAAAACCCCAGGGCAGAUACAACAAACACACAAAGGGCUGUUAUAUUAAGUUUAACUCUGGGAGCGUUCAUUCUUUUCGCUGUAAUAGGAAAUAUUUUGGUCAUAUUCUCAGUCGUUUGUCACAGACACCUCCGGAUUGUCACGAACUAUUUUAUCAUUAACUUAGCCGUAGCUGACCUGCUGCUUAGCACCACCGUGCUGCCUUUCUCCGCGACACUGGAGGUGUUGGGUUACUGGGUCUUUGGGCGUGUGUUUUGCAAUAUCUGGGCAGCUGUGGAUGUCUUGUGCUGCACUGCCUCCAUUCUGAGCCUCUGCGUUAUUUCGGUCGACAGGUAUAUUGGCGUGAGCUACCCCCUGCGUUAUCCUACGAUGAUGACCAAAAAGAGAGGACUGGUCACUUUGGCUGCAGUCUGGGUGCUCGCAAUGGUUAUCUCUAUUGGCCCUCUGUUAGGUUGGAAGGAGCCAGAUCCAAAGGACGACAAUGUUUGUAAGAUUACAGAAGAGCCCGGCUAUGCUAUUUUCUCAGCUCUGGGUUCCUUCUACGCGCCCCUGGUGGUGAUUUUAGUGAUGUAUUUCCGAGUCUACCUGGCAGCCAGGAGAGAGACCAAGAGUCUGUAUUCUGGGAUUAAGAGAGAACGACUGAGCUCCACAGAGGAAGAACUCACUCUGAGGAUCCACAGGAAGCUCUCAACUGGGGAGAGCGCUUUAAGCACACACGUGCAGCCGCCUAAGAGCAAAAGUCUGAGAAGCACGUUUUCCUUUAGGAUUCACAAGUUCUCCAAGGAAAAGAAAGCUGCAAAAACACUGGGAAUAGUUGUGGGAGUCUUCACUCUCUGCUGGCUGCCUUUUUUUGUUGUACUCCCUUUAGGUUCAUUUUUCCCACAGUACAAACCUCCUGAAGAUUUAUUUAAAGUAAUUUUCUGGCUGGGCUAUUUCAAUAGCUGCAUCAACCCAAUUAUAUACCCCUGUUUCAGUCAAGAGUUCAAAAGAGCCUUCAAGUGCAUUCUUAUGGGCCAGUUGAAGAGAAGAACCCCGUUUCAUGCUCAGUAUCAUUUCACCUCCAGAACCAGCAUGGAGAUGACAGUAAGCACUCUGGAAUGUGAACCAGUUAAAGACACUUUCAGAUUUAGCACCAUAUCUGAGAAUAGUGAGUGUCUUCCCUACCUGUCAGACAACAAUGAAGGGAAAUGUACAUCUUCACUUCAAGAGCUGCAUUCAUACAGAGGGUAAUAUGAAAUGCUGGUCACAUUUUUACAUAACAGAUUACUCACUGUCAUUCUCAUUGGGACCAAGAUAAAUCUGCUUAUAAUAAUAGUUAUUUUUGCUCACAGUCAGUCAAAAAAUAGAACUAAAACAAAUGCUGUUACAGGUUUAGAAUAAUAUAUAUAGCUGUAAGGGAAAUCAAUGAAACCUUAAACUUUGAACAGCAGGAUCUAUUCUAUAGUAAGGCACUUUGGGACCUUGUUUAUAUACUAGACCACAUUCAUGUCUAGCUCAAUUAGAUUUACGUAAAGUUUUUGGAACAUUUAAAACAGACUGUGUUAUGUUUUUGGUUAAAUGUGCCUCAGAAACUGCUCCUGCAUUCUCCUAUGUGCACUAUGUGCUAUCUGUCUUGUAUGUGCUGCAAACGUAUUUGAUUAUCUGCUCAAAAUGGCUCAAAUGUAUUCUAUGUUUUCAAACUACAUACAUUUACAAAUGCUACAAAAGAUAAUUGUGCAUUACUGUGCUCAUUCGUCAAAUAAAUGUG